UUGGCUCUUCAUUUGGAAGGCAGAUAAAAUGCCAGGUCUGGAUCUAGAAAGCAGCCUCUGGGGAAAACUGAAGCUCUGCGUAGCCUCAUUAUGGAUUUAAGGAAAACUCUUUAAGCCUUGGGCAAAAACAUUUCAAUUCCUCAUCAAGGCUAAGAGAGGAGAACAAUAAGAAGGGGUUUUUAACAUGUCUGCUAUGGUGUGGUUGUUUUCUAUCUAGUGGGAAUGUAACCCCCAUUAAUCCAUCUCUAGUGCUGGUGCUUCAAUCCAUCGUUACUAUUUUUUGUAAAUUCGUCAAGUGGUGCUUGUUGGAAUAUUAAACCUCCAUGUAUGAUAAUUUGUACCUACAUGGAUUUGAAGACUCGGAGGCGGGUUCAGCUGACUCCUACACUAGCCGACCAUCGGACUCAGAUGUCUCCCUGGAGGAGGAACCGACAGGCGGCAAGCUGGAGAAGGAGCAGCAGGCCACUGUUCAGCUGGAGAAGGCCAAGGCCAAAGCCGUGGCCUUUGCUGUGAAGACUAACGUCAGUUACUGUGGAGCCCUGGAUGAGGAUGUCCCUGUGGCAGGAACCGCCAUCUCCUUCGAUGCCAAGGACUUCCUGCACAUUAAAGAGAAGUACAGUAAUGACUGGUGGAUUGGCCGGCUGGUGAAGGAGGGCUGUGAGAUCGGAUUCAUCCCCAGUCCUCUGAAACUGGAUAACAUUCGUCUACAGCAGGAGCAGAAGAGGGGCACACGCUCUUACGGUAAGUCCAGUGGGAAUUCCUCCUCCAGUCUAGGAGACAUGGUUUCAGGCGGGUUCAAACCCAACCCUCCCUCUGCAGGAAAACAGAAGCAGAAAGUGACUGAACACAUCCCUCCCUAUGACGUGGUCCCCUCUAUGAGACCAGUGGUCCUGGUAGGACCGUCCCUGAAGGGAUAUGAGGUGACAGACAUGAUGCAGAAAGCACUCUUUGAUUUCCUGAAGCACAGGUUUGAUGGCAGGAUAUCCAUUACAAGGGUAACGGCAGACAUCGCUCUGGCCAAGAGGUCAGUUCUCAACAACCCCAGCAAGAGGGCCAUCAUUGAAAGAUCCAACACCAGAUCCAACCUAGCGGAAGUUCAGAGUGAGAUUGAGAGGAUAUUUGAGCUGGCCCGAUCCUUACAGCUGGUGGUUCUGGAUGCUGACACGAUCAACCAUCCGGCCCAGCUCACAAAAACGUCCUUAGCACCUAUCAUCGUCCAUGUUAAAGUGUCCUCUCCUAAGGUUCUGCAGCGGCUGAUCAAGUCGAGAGGGAAAUCCCAGAGCAAACACUUGAAUGUGCAGCUGGUGGCAGCGGACAAACUAGCACAGUGCCCCCCGGAAAUGUUUGACAUCAUUCUGGAUGAGAAUCAGCUGGAGGAUGCAUGUGAGCACCUGGCAGAGUACCUGGAAGCCUACUGGAGGGCCACACACACCUCCCUGAGCACCCCUCUCAACCCUCUGCUGGGCCGCAACCUGGGAUCUACCGCUCUCUCUCCGUACCCCACAGCCAUAACCGGGCUGGUGAACCAACAGGGCCAAAGAAAUACAAACAGGAACAGCAAUCACACAGCAGGAGACCACUCACCCAUCGAGAGACACAGCCUAAUGCCCUCAGACGAGAACUACCACAAUGAGCGGCAGAGGAAGAGCCGUAACCGCCUAUCCUCCGGCUCGCAGCACAGCCGGGACCAGGUCCACUACCCCCUGGUGGAGGAGGACUAUCAUGACCCCUACCAGGACACAUACAAGCCCCACCGCAACCGCAACGGCUCCCCCGGAGGCUACAGCCAUGACUCCAGGCACAGGCUUUGAGCUCAAGACCCUUAUAUCACAUAGGCCUCUCUUCCCUUCACAUUGGGUACGACAGAGCCACAAGACAGCUUUUUCAUUUAAUUGUACUGUAACAACCUUUUUAUAAAGUGUUAGUAACUCGCUUUACCUCUGGCACUGGUUCACACUGGAAACGUGAACAUUGACCAACUGAAAAUCAAAUCUCGACGCCUCCAUUUAAAAAAAAAACUAAAAAUAGGAUGAGGAGCAGAUUUUCUCCAUGUUUUUUUUAAGGGAAGGCCCAACACUGGGCUUGUCUUCUUCUUUUCUAAAAUGGCAGAGACUUGACAUGGCUGGGUGAAAGGGGUGACCAUGUGGUCCUCGGCUCCCUGUUGUCUCAGUGUUAGCAGGGAUAGCUGUCGUGGUGGUCAUGAUGACCCAUCAUCACCUGCCUUGAACCAGUGCCAGGCAGCGCCAUGCAUCACUCGAUCAGCGGUGAACCUCUUUGCAUGUUUCCAGGAGCCAAUAGCAGCAGAGUCAGUGCACUGUAUCUUUAAUUAAUAUCACUAAGUUGUUUGAAAUUGUCUUGGAUGUUAGUGUUUCCAGUCCUGUAGCCUAUAACCUGCUUCUCAGAGCAGACAAAGUUUCUGUUUUGCAAAAUGUUGAGUGAUUAUUUAGGGGGUUUCUGAAUCGGAAUCUUCUAGUUUCCUGGACUUCUAUUCCCUUCUUCUCCUCAAUGAUACUUAGUGCCAUUUGCGACAUGCCGCAUCAGGACAGAAAAUCACACUUUUCUAAGUAGAAUUUGCUGAGCAAGUUUCAUAUAUUGUGCUCUUUCAGGAAAAGGUGCAUCCCUUCUUUAUAUAGUACCUUAACACUCUAGUGUGAGGACUUUGCCUAUCAGUUUAGUAUGUGGAAUCCAAGAGGAAAUAGCCAAAUUCAAGUUAGUAGAUCUCAAGACUAGGCAUCCAAUGUUGAGAAGGGCAAUAUGCCCAUGUGUGCUUAGUUUCAAUUGUUCAAAUGGGUUUCAGAGGAUAGGCUCAGUGAAGAUGGUUAUACUUCCAAUCAGGGAAAUAUUGAUCAUCUGAUUGGUUUACCACAUCCCAUGUUCUGUACAAGCAGCCUCUGAUAGUGAUUUAAUUUGCAUCAUAUUUUCUUCUCUUUUUAACAGUCUUCUUAAUUCAAGUGUAAUAUAUUCAAAGAAAGUCCUGUUUGGCCAGUAAGAAAUACCUGCUGUCCGCUCAGCAAAGUUUCAUUGGUUUAGAAUGAUCAAUGCCAUCAUGUCUUUUUGUCAAUAUACAGUAUGUCAUGGAAUAAUGAUCCAGUGCUGUUAUGUAUGUGUUGUUGCUAUUGAAAAACCAGUAGGACACUGUAGUUGAGUAAGUGACUGUUAUUUAUGGUACUCACAUUUCAACAAUUAAGUUAGUCAACACAUAAGAGGAAGAGAAGGCUUCAGUCUGCUGUGAAGUUAAUGUUAUAUUGUCAGAAAGGUUUGUGAUUCUGACAUCAAACACUUGGUAUUAUUUGCUUUCCAACCAUUGGCUAUUCUAUAUUAAUGCCCCAUUUAAAAGUCUUCCAUAUACUGGCCGUGAAAACAAAAUUAUGUAGUUUUUUUAAAGGACAAUUUUACUAUCCCAAGAAUUUGCGUAUCAUAACACAAAUUACAGCCUUAUUGCUUAACCCAGGCCUUGUGUUAAACUUCUUUCUCUAUUCAUACUUCCUUUCUUUUUUAGCACUGUAGCAAUGGAGUGGUUACUCUCCUAAUCAUAUACAUAUCCUCAAAAUGUAGCAUUUUAGUUAGGAGUUUUUAAGGUCUAUAUGGUUAGCCAAUUAUAAAAGUUAAGUUGUGUAGAGAGUGUGAAGGGUAUAGACUGUGGAGGUGGUGGCUAGAAGUUUAUAAGUUUAAGAGUCAGAUAAUGUCUCUCUAUAUACUAUGAGUUGUGUACCAAUACUGGGUGUGCAUCAUUAUUAUUUCUUCUUCAUCUUUGAAUGCCUUCUUCUAUUGCCAAGACAGCUUGAUUUCUGUUUAUGCUGUAUUCUAUAAAGGCAUGCUCGUAAAGAGAAAAACAAAGAAGACAAACUAAUCUAGAGAAAAAAAGAUAAUUUACUAUGCAAAUGUGUACAGUGCUGCAUGCUGAUGCUUUUCCUUCCUCGGCUACUUAGCGGCUUCAUUGCAGUUCAAUGAUUAUGUUAUUGUGUUAUUGUUAUUUUUGUGAAAGAUGACAUUCAAAAGGGAAAUGCAUAACUGCAUGACUAAUACAACACUUUAAUUCAUCAAGAAGAAAGAGAAAUAUGUUUUAUGGAACAUUGAUGUAUAAUGAGAACCAACUCUAGCUGCAUAAAAAAAGUUACUUAUUUUGUUAAAUAAAUUCGAGCUCUGUUAUAAUGAA